UGUGCACCGGACAAUGCGAAGGAUACGCAAAAGCGAAAACGUACAUCUGACUGUGAGAUCAUCGCCGCAUACACAAGGGAACCGAUUGCUUACGUGUGCAAGGAAAAAACCGAAACGCGCAAAAGCGCGAGUGCAUGUGGUGUUCGCGCUUUUGCGUUCGGGAGGGAACAAAGAUACAUGACAGAGAAAUGGACAGGGACCAUAGGGAGCAACGCGAUCACGAUAAUCUGAGUGAGAAGGAACCGGACUGCAAAGUUGGAAUGGCUUUCUGCAGCCUCUCCCACCAUCGCGAUCAUACGCCGGAUGCCGAUGCAGAGAGAGACAUGGACAUCGACCCGGCUGAUCACAUCGAGAACUUGCACGACGACAAGUCUGAGAAAUUAGGAAGGAAUUUUCAUAAUAUAGGACAUCAUCCAGCCAUGGUAAAUAUUAAUCCGGAGCUGAUAACUUUUUUUGUAACAUUGAUUUCAUUAAAUAUUGAAUUUGUUUUUUUGCAGAGAGAUGUAGAUAGGGAUCAAAAUAAUCACGUUGACAUGCAUGAUGACAAGAUGGACCUCAAGAUAGGAAGAGACUUUCGUAAUCUCGGCCAUCUUCCUGGAAUGGUUCAUUUGCAUUCUGGCAUGGAGCAUUUGACUAAUGUUGAUGUUGAAGUGAAAUUAGCGAGGGACGUUCGCGGCUCAUUAGGCUUAGGACUGUCCUUAGAACUUUGUGUAGUUUGCGGGGACAGAGCUAGUGGCAGGCAUUAUGGAGCGAUCAGCUGUGAGGGUUGCAAAGGUUUUUUUAAGCGCAGCAUCCGCAAGCAGCUGGGCUACCAAUGUAGAGGAAGCAAAAGUUGCGAAGUUACCAAACAUCACAGAAAUCGUUGUCAGUAUUGCAGACUUCAGAAGUGCUUGGCGAUGGGCAUGAGAAGCGAUUCUGUACAACAUGAGAGAAAACCAGUAUUGGGUGAUUCGGCUGGGACAAAAGUUAGCAAUCGUAACCCUAGGGUAAAACCUGAGCCACAACAGCCUGCGCCCGAGGCACUGCCGACUUGGGAACAACCUGAGAGCCCUAGCAUGGAAGACCAAAGCAGCGAUAGUGACGCUCUCAGCGAUGCUUUGACCUUAGCUCGUGAGCGUUUACUCCUUUCUCAUGCGUUAGCAGAUAGUAUGGCUAAAAUCAUUGGUGAUAAUGUUAAUGGCUCGAGCGAACCGGAGGAAGAAUGGACCGGCCAAUUAAUCUCUGAGCGAAAUACGUUGUUUGAAUUGAGGGCACCUAGCCCAGCACCUGUGUAUUUGUCUAUUCACUAUAUAUGUGAAAGUGCAGCUAGAUUAUUAUUUUUGUCUGUACAUUGGGCACGAGGAAUUCCAGCAUUUCAAGCUUUGCCAUCUGAUGUUCAAACUACUUUAGUUAGAAGUUCCUGGGGACAAUUGUUCACAUUAGGUCUGGCACAAUGUGCAUAUACCUUGUCACUUCCUAGUAUUUUGACAUCGAUAAUUAAUCACUUACAAGCUAGUAUCGCACAAGAGAAAGUCACCGCUGGCAAAGUAAAAUGCGUUACAGAACAUAUAUGGAGACUACAGGAUUGUGUAAAUUCACUGCACAAGCUACAAGUGGAUUCCGUCGAAUACGCAUAUCUUAAAGCUUUAACGCUUUUUAGUGCUGAUAAUGUCUUAGCAGGCAUCUGGCAUAAGAAAGUUGAAGUUUUGCAGGAAGCAGCAUGGACGGAGCUGCAGCAACGUGUAGGCUCCGAUAGAUUACCUCGCCUUCUGUUGAGGUUAGCACCUCUCCGCUCGAUUAAUCCUAGAGUUCUGGAGGAUCUCUUCUUCUCGGGUCUAAUUGGUCGAGUAAGCGUGGCUAGCGUCGUGCCUUAUAUCCUUACCAUGCAAGAUUAUAAAACUGAACCAGAAAGUCAUGCAGGGUGACGAAUAUUGUCAGUGCAAUAUAAAUCGUGACCUAAAAGAGUGAUAUAAACAUAAAUGUUGGAUGCCUCGUUUUUGUACAACGAAAAUGUUUACUCAAACGCGAAUCGUUGACAUAAUUUUUAUUUUCGCAUUUCCCUUUUUCUUUUUAAAUAUUUGCACAAGAAUAUGACGGAAUGAGGCGCGCAUAAAUUUGAAUUAAUUAUAAAUGUAUGUAUUACUGUAAUAAUAGUAAUUGUACAUAUAUAUCUAUGUCUAGAUAUAUGUACAUAUUUUUAUGUUUAGAUAUGUAUUGUAUUAAGGUGAUAAACUUAAUUCCUGCCGCUUGCUAUUAGAGGUUCCAACGCUGGCGAGUUUUGAUUGCGGCGAGUGAAGUCGCAUGUCUUUUAUAGUUUAGACAUUACUGAAAUUCAGUCCUCACAGGUUAAAUUUCUUGACACCAAAGAGAUUUUCUAAUCGAUUGAAAAUGAACUGCGAUAAGCUGUUUUUCCGAUAUUUGCUACUUCGAUCUCAAGAAAACUGCAGCUGAAACGCAUCGCUUAUUAUUCGAAAUGUAUGGUGAUGAAACUCCAUCGAAAAGAACAUGUGUUCGUUUUGAACGUUUUCGAAAUGGUGAUUUUGAUGUGAGAGAUAAAGAACAUCCCGAACAACCGAAAAAAAUUUGAAGAUCGAGCUGUGAGAAUUGCUCGAUAAAAAUCCAGUUCAAACGCUUUUAGAGUUGUUGAAAGUGUUAAAUGUUAUUUCAAUGGCUGAAAAAUUUUGGAAACAAAAAAACGAUAGGAAUUAAGUUUACCAUCUAAUAUACAGAAUGUUUCAUAAAUAUAUGUCAAUAUUUUAGAAGGUAAAUCUAUAUACUAAAAUAAAUAAAAA